AGGCACUGAAAAAAUGGACAAGCUUUUUUUUAUUUUGCCCUUUAAUGCUUUAUCUUUAUGUAAAGCUUUGCAUGAUAGAUUAAUCUCGGAAGUUUUUAAUUAAAAUUUAGACCAAAAUGCUGAAAAACACAUGUUGAUAGUAUAUGAUAUGCGCACAAGUGUUAAUGAAUUGUCCUACGUGAUUACUGACUAGCUUAAUGAUUUGAAGAUAUGUUAUUCCAUUUCCAUGAUAACCUUGGGGAUCAGAUAUAUCAUAUAUCCCAAGCAAAAUUUAACCUGUUCAUUUGAAGAUUUUAUUUUCAUUAGCCAUAUGUUUUACUUGAUUAUGCCCCUCAAUUCUACUCUCAUUGUAGUUAUUAUACUAAUUCCUAUUAACAAAAAGAGGGAAAUAUCAAGUACAUGAAAAAAUAAUGUGCAUUUAAUAGAAAUAUCAAUUCACAAAUUUUCUUUUAUGUUUCUUAUAUAGAAAAACAUGAAAGUUAAAGUAGUUCUAAAUGUUUACUUAAAACUUAAUUAACUCACCAAAACAUAUAUAAUUUGAACCAAGAAAACAUUUAUACUUUUCUUUAAGUAUAUAUUUAUAAUAACAUUUUCCCUUUAUGCAAUGAGUGAAUGAAACACAUGUUAGGUCAAAACUAUAGGUUUUUCUAAAUUCUACAAACCUCCGUCAAGAGUAUCAAGAGUAUUUUUGAUACAAUAUGUAGUUUAUAUAUCUAUGCUUCAUUUCUGUUUGAUUCCUCCGAUUGGUUCAACUCUAAUGAUGUAACAAAGUGUCAUGAACUUGUGGAACAUGGAGCUUCAGUUAUUAAGAAAUACACUUCACUUUGCUCUUGGAUCCUUCUGCUGCUCUUUCAGUAUUUUUUUUUAAUCAGCUUGUUUUGUAUGUGUGUGUUUUUAGAUUCAGCUGCUUUUGUGUGUUUUGAGUGAUUAGGUUACUUUCGAUAAGUGUUUUAAAGCAAAUUGGUGAAGGAAAAAGUUAUAUCAAUAUGUCGACAGUUGAUGCAAAGAUUUCCUUGAACAUUCAGUGAGAUUUAAAAUCAUGUUAGAUUUUAUCAGGAACUUUACACAUUCAUCAAUAUGCUAGCUGAUUUUCAAGGAAUCGAUUCCAACAUAAGUAAAGAUAAACUUGAAUCAACCUCGGUAUGAGUAUAUAGACAUGAGCAUGGACAUUAGAUUAUAUUUGUUUUGUUCUCUUUUUGAAUUGAACCGAAUAAAAGAAUUUAGAAAGCUGAUUCUUUGGUUUGGCUAUUAAAAUAGAUCAAUUCGGUUAACGGUUUAGUUUCAGAAAAAGAUGAAGAAUUUUGAUAUAUUUUGGUUAAAUUUGUAUAUUUUCUUUCUGUUAUUGGAGGAGAAAUCAGAUAGGUCUUGCUAUCACAGAAAAACAAAAUUUUGGUUGGGUGUAUAAAACAUUUGGAAAAGCCUAAAAAACGAAUCAGCCCAACCGAAAUCAUUUUCGAAUUGUCGACCGGUUUGGACCCAAACCGAAUGAAACCACAAAAAACAAAAAAAGUUCGAGUCGUUUCCAUUCUGUUUGGGGUUUAUACAUAUUGAAGAGACAAAUUCGGAAUCAUAGAGAGAAGAUGGAAUCUGUUCUGCUCCCAACGCUAACAAAGAAGGAAGAGAUUGAUCGGAUCAUCAACAACACAAUCGAUAAAGUUCUUGUCCUACGAUUCGGCCGUAUCUCAGACGAAAACUGUCUUCUUCUUGAUGACAUUCUCGAGAAAUCGGCGAGAGAUGUCUCGAAAUUCGCUACAGUAGCUUUGGUGGACGUUGAUUCGGACCAAGUUCAGGUUUACGUCAACUACUUCGACAUCACCCUGUUCCCUUCCACUGUCUUCUUCUUCAACGCACAUCACAUGAAACUUGAUUCUGGAACUGCUGAUCAUACCAAGUGGGUCGGUAAAUUCCACGAAAAACAAGACUUUAUUGAUGUCGUUGAGGUAAUAUUCAGAGGAGCGAUGAAAGGGAAGUUGAUCGUUCACUGUCCGCUACCUCCAGAGAGAAUACCAAAAUAUCAACUUUUAUACAAAGAUGUGUAAAACAAAACUGAGUUUAUUGUUCUUUACUUCCAAACUCUGUUUCUCAUCCCCUUAUGUUGGAAUAAAUAACAUUUACAUUUACAUA